AUGGUCAGCAAUACUUCUCCUUCUUUCUCAGAUGUGGUUAUCAUUGGUGAACGAGUUGAGAAUUGUGUUAAAGCUGGUACCAUUCAGGGUGUUGCUGGUCCUAGCAAUUCUAAUGGCAAUGGUAAGAAGCUAUACUCUGGAUUUGUGAAGAAGAAAGAAGCAUAUGCUGCUGCGCUUCCGCAGCCGUGGGUGGCACCUCAACAGCCUUUCGUACCACAACAACAAGUUGCUGCCCCUCAGAAUCGUCAGCAAAAUCCUAGGACUCAAGGUCAGAGAGCUCCACAAAGGCAAAGAUACCCUGAAAGGCGUAUAGACCCGGUUCCAAUGCCAUAUGCUCAGCUUCUUCCCCAAUUGCUUGCUGGUCAAUUGAUACAACUCCGUGAAAUGGGUCCUCCGCCUAAUCCCCUCCCUCCAGGAUAUGAUGCUAAUGCUCGUUGUGAGUUUCAUUCAGUGGCCCCAGGCCAUACGAUUGAAAAGUGUAGAGCGUUAAAAUACAAGGUUCAGGAUCUCCUUGAUGACAAGAUUAUCUCAUUUGCUCCUACUGGUCCUAAUGUGCAGAACAAUUGUAUGCCUCCCCACGUAGGUACGACAAAUGCUAUGGAAUCGUGUGAUGAACAGAUCUUGGUAACUGAUGUUAAUAAGGUUAAGAUGCCGCUCGCAACUGUUAGAGAACAUCUUGUGCAACAAGGGAUCUUGCACGAACUCCAUGAUUUUUGUUUGCAGUGUUCCUCUAAUCCAGAGGAGUGUGCCAAGUUGAGGGAUGAGAUUCAAAAGCUGAUGGAUGAAGGUAUUCUUAGAGUAGAAAGAGUUGUUUCUGAUAAAGAUGUGGCUACUCUAGAAAUCCCUUACUAUCCUGCUGAUGUGUCAAAGGCUCAAGGCACCCCUUUGAUUAUUCAUGCUUCGAGUACUCCUUUGGUUAUUCAGGCUCCGAGAAUUCCGUUGGUUAUUCAGGCUCCGAAUGCUCCUCUGGUCAUCCAUUUCCAGGCUCCUUCAACUUCAUCUCCCGCUUCCUCUUCAGUGGGUGAUUCUAAGGAUGUUCCUUGGAGUUAUAAUGAUGUGUAUAUUCGAGGGAAAAAGCAUGAUUGUCCUCCGGUGGGUAACUUGAAUGUCACUAAUAUUGCUGGGACUAGUGGCAUCACUCGUACCGGUCGAAUCUUUGAUGCUCCGCCUCCACCUCCCAAAGAGACCAACAAGGAUGUUAAUGCACAGACAAAGGGGAAGCAAGUUGUUGUUGAUCCUCCUGAGCCCCGUACUGCACAAGACGCUGAACAACUUCUGAGAAUUAUUAAGAAAAGUGACUACAAGGUGAUUGAUCAACUUGACCAAACUCAAGCUAAGAUUUCCAUCUUGUCUCUUUUGGUGCACUCAGAAGCUCAUCGUGACGCUCUGAUGAAGAUCCUGGCUUCCGCUCAUGUUACUCAAGACAUUACUGUGCCUCAGUUUGAAGGGAUCGUUGUGAUCACUGGUGAAGAAGAUCUGGUAAUCAAUAAUCUAACAACAUACCGUUAUGUGGAGGUAGAAGGGGAAGUACAAGAGACACCUUUCCAAGCCUUGGAGAUUGUGUCAGUCGAUAGACUCCCUGUGGUCGAAAACAAGAGGGGACCUGGAGCACCCCUCUCGUCCUUAAAUGAUGCCAAGGCUUUCCUAGAAGCUGGUGUUCCCCAUGGUCCUUGGGGCAAGUUGAUCGAUGUUUACGAGAAGCGAGACAAGUAUGGUCUUGGGUACCAACCAUCUUCUUCCACUCAGUUCAGCCCGAUCCAUGGAAAAAAGGUGAUCCCUCCAAUCUCCCAGGUGUUCGUCAGCGCCAAUACUAGUUCUGAAGGUCAGGUUCUCGCCGUGGAUGAUGAUGAUGAAGAAGAUCUCUCUAGAUUCAUUUGCCAAGCUGCGCCUGGACAGGAACUCAGCAACUAG